ACAUUAAAUCACGCUGUUCUUGAAUUAAGACGAAUGAAUAGUGGAAACAUUGUCCGAGAGACUGACCCUGUUUUGAGGAGUAUAUAGCCCUAAAUAAGCCUACCCUGUGUUAUUACCUAAAGAAAGUUAACAAUACGUGUUCUGAAUAAUACUAUCCCGUGCAUUUUGAGACUAAAAACUCGAGGUUACAGCUAUGACCAGAUGUUUAAUCUGUGAAAGAGCUACCAUUUUAUAGCUUUACAGAAAAUUAUCCGAUGACUGAAAAUUUACUCUUGCCGUCUGAUCACGAAAAGAAAAAAGGCGUUCAUUUUAUGGCAAAUGAAAAAAUUCCAUAGUCAUAUGUUGUUAUUUUUUAUUAAAUAAAAGUGUAUCCUAAUAUCAUUUAAUCCGCACAGAUAUAAUUGCAAGCUGUCUUGAGAUAACUAGGAGUAUAGCUAUACGUAGAUGUCUGCCUCCUACAUGGAUCAGGCGAACACACAAUCAAAUGGACAUAAAGGUGCUCUGAACUUUAGAAAGUUAGGGGCUGGGGGUGUUCCGUCCCGGAACACACUGCGGCGCCAGGCCGUCGGGAGAGACAGAGAUAAAGGAUGUCCCAUUGCCGUUAUCUCCCUAGGAGGCUGGUCAACGGCUGGGAAUCACGGAUGAAUACUGGACAGUUGACCGUUGCGGUGUACCUGGAGUUGGCGAGUUUACUGCAGCCGGCGCGAACGUUGAUAGUGAAUAAGUCCGAUUUCGUGGCGCCUCUUCAGCCUGUUGAGUUACAGAAAGAACAAUUUGAGACUUAUGUGUGACGUCGACACCAAGGAGACCAGCAGGAAAAAGAAGAGUUCAGAGCAAAAUACUGGGAGAUAAACAGAGAAGUAAAGAAGAGUGCAAGAGACGACAAGAGAUAGUUCGCAGGAUGGCAGAAGAGGUAGAACAAGCAGCUGGGCAAAAUAACACAAAAAGACUAUACGAAAUUACAAGAAUUCUGUCAGGAAGGAAAAACACCAAUCUGUGCAGACCAAUAAAGAAUAAGAAUGACAGCGUCAUCACCGGGAAUGCAGAGCAAAGAUCACGCUGGGUGGAACAUUUUGAUGAAAUACUUAACCGACCACCACCAACAACCACUUUAAACAUUACCCCAGCCUCCGAACAGCUCCUAGUAAACACCAACCCACCAACCAAGGCAGAAAUCAUCAAAGCCAUCAAGUCCUUGAAUUCUGGCAAGGCGGCAGGCCCAGAUGGCAUUCCUGCAGAAGCACUCAAGGUAGACCCAACAUCCGCACUAGAGAUGCUACACCCCCUGCUGCAGAAAACUUGGGAACAAGAACUCUCACCGACAAUCUUCCUCAUCGUCAUAGACUGGAUCAUGAGAAGAACAACCUUUAACAGCAACACGGGCGUUCAGUGGACCUUCGACAGGCAACUUGAGGACCUCGACUUUGCGGGUGACACCAGCCUGUUGUCCCACAAGUAGCAACACGCACAGACAAAGCUCACUCGGCUCACAAAGGAAGCAGCGAUGACUGGCCUGACCAUCAACAUCAAGAAGACGGAGGUAAUGUGAGUCAACAACAAACAAGAAGCCCCACUACAACCAUAUGGGGAAUGUAUUACAGAGUCUGACCAUUUCACCUACCUUGGCAGCAUAGUCAGCAAAGAUGACCUAUUUCAUGGCCUUUUUAUCUCAAACAACUCUGAAUAGAUAUUUGCUGAAAGAUGUAACCUUCUAGUUUGCUACGUACUUAGUUUGCUUCUUGUAGAGUUGAAUAAAUCAAACUGGCAAUAAUAAUUUCAUUGUGUGUGUUUCACAUUCUUGAGGAUUACAAAAGACAAGCAAUCAAGCUUGUAUAUUACAUAUGAAUUAAAAAA